UGUGACCUAUCUGCACCCGCAAUGCAAGUUCUAUGACGGGUUUUUUCAGUUUACAAGUAUCGUGACUUAAGUGCACCUGCAGCGCAAGUUCUCGGACCGCCAGUGCCAUUUACUCCCAUCAAGUCCCUGCUUCUCCUUCACAGGCAUCUAGCAACCCAGCAGCAAGCAAUGAAGGUGAGGAACCCUAUUCAGUUUCUCUGCUCCUAUUUUUUGUUUACCUCUCCUGCUGCCUUGUUUAGGAUCUUAAUUUUGAGCAAUCGAUACAUUACUCUGAAGAUUGAUCCAUGGCUUUUCUCCUUGUUGCAGCAAAAGAUUGUCAUCCAAUUGAGCAUGUCGUGCGACAAAAGCCGGUCCAAAGCACUGACGCUGGCCGCCAGAGCAGCCGGGGUGACGUCCAUGGGGAUAACCGGAGACGCGAGGGACAAGCUGGAGGUGGUCGGCGACGGCGUCGACCCGGUGUGCCUCGUCAGCUGCCUCCGCAAGAAGCUCGGCCACGCCCAAAUCAUCAAGGUGGAGGAGGUGAAGAAGCCGGAGGAGAAGAAGAAGGAUGAGCCGAAGCCGGCCGUGCCCGUGCCCGUGAACCCGCCGCCGUGCUACUACCCGCCCAGCUACUACCACCACCAGUACCAGGCGCCGCACAUGGUAGUCUGCGAGGACCAUGUAACUGCCAGAGAUCCAUUUUGACGUACUAUACGCGUGUUUAUUAAUUCAUUGAUGGAAAUGAAAAGAAAAAAAGAGAGAUACUCUUAUCUAUAUUUACGAGCUCGCUUCGCUAAUUUCCAGUGUGAAAUCAAAGCAAACGCUAUGGUUAUAUGAAUCUCAGUCCUCACGCAUGCACUUGCUUCUUGGUGAAGGUGGUGGUUCCUAAACUACAUGUGCGUCAAACAGGACAGCACGAUAGAUAGAUAGAUAGAUAGACAAUUUGUCACCUGCAAGAAAAGGUGGGACGUCACACCAUGAUGCCCUCAGCCCCACAGUGUGACGCAUGUCCUCCAAUCAUAUGAUCAGGUGAUAAUUCGAGUUGAUCCAUAAGCACGGUCCGUAAGAACUGAAUAAGAUCUGCACCGUCAAGUAUAGUUAAAGGUUUGUAUUCUCAAAUUAUCUGGAUAUGAACAUAGCACCGUGCAAUGGUUGUCUCCAGUGUCAAAACAUCAGGAGAAGGUCUGAUUUCCUUCGUCUUUUUACAUUCCAUUUCAUUUGGUUCCCGAACCAAACACACGAUUUUAUUGGUCUUACUACAUCAGUCAGUGGCGGUGG